UGGACAAUUAUCCCAUAUUUAUCUCCGCGUUGUAAUAUCAGAAAACCUGAGAAACAGCUUGUCCAAUAAAAAUGUUUCUGUCAAGCCAAACACCAGUUGCUCCAGUUUCCUCCUCCACUGUACACAGAUGCUCACCAUUAAAACCCACUCUCCCCCUCCCCCCUCUUUUUUCUACUCGAAGACCCCCCAACUUCUCUAUCACCACUCGCAAAUCACCCCUUUUUCUCGUUAACUCUGAAGCAACUAGCAAUAAUAACAAUGCCCCUUUGCCUAAAACUGCUGAUUCUGCGCCACCCAUUACUCUUGUUGGUCAAGACUCUGUGCCUCUUGAAGGUGUCAUUCAGUUUGAAAAGUCCAGCUUUUCUGCUCGCCUUGAUAAAUGGGGACGUGUGGCCUUGCUUGCUGGUGGAGAUGUGCUGGCUUUGCUUCUAUUCUCUGCAAUCGGAAGGUUUAGUCAUGGUUUCUCAGUUGUUGAUGUUGAAACUCUUCGGACUGCUGAUCCUUUCAUUGCUGGAUGGGUUUUGAGUGCUUAUUUUCUUGGGGGAUAUGGAGAGGAUGGUCGGGGAGUAAAUGGCCUUUCACAAGCUGUGAUUGCUGCUGCCAAGUCCUGGAUUGUUGGGAUACCGUUGGGGAUAAUAAUUAGAGGAUUGGCCGCAGGUCAUGUACCACCAACAAGUUUCAUCUUAGUUACAAUGGGGAGCACUUCUGUAUUACUCAUUGGAUGGAGAACUUUAUUGUAUAGCAUUUUCCCCAAUGAUCAACGCAAGAAGAAUGAUAUAUACAAGCGUGGCAGCCCGUUUGAACUUUUUGAGUUGCUCACAUCAUUGAUCCGAAGAUGGUGAAGAAGUUGCCGAUAUCUUAAUGUGUUUGUAAGCUGAUUAAACUCUCCUUUAACCAAUUUCUAUACAUACAUGCAAUUGUUUAUUAGAUGUAACAACAACAUUAUUUGUAGUGUAAUAACCAUAUAUGCUUAUUAUUCAGUUUC